AAAAAAAAAAAAAAAAAAAGAGGCAACAAAUUUGUAAUAAUUAAAAGAGAGCUGCAUCCCCAAUUUUUUGAAUCAAAUCUCCUCUCUACCCACCCAGAUCCAAUCUCAGGGUUCCUUUCCUCUCCUCUCCUUCCUUCUGAGAUCUGCAAAUCUUCGCAUACAUAGAGGUCUGUAUACUAACAUCGUCAUUUUAAUCAGUUAUGGAGGCGAUCGAAGAAUUGACUCGGCUUUCGGAAUCCAUGAGGCAAGCAUCUGCUUUGCUUGCCGACGAAGACGUUGAUGAAACCACUUCGUCGUCCUCUCCUUCUUCCAGCCGCUCUUCUACUUUCCUCAAUGUCGUCGCUCUCGGCAAUGUGGGUGCGGGUAAAUCUGCUGUUUUGAAUAGUUUAAUCGGACAUCCUGUUUUGCCCACCGGUGAAAAUGGAGCCACUCGGGCUCCGAUUAGCAUAGAUUUAAGUAGGGAUAGUUCCGUAAGCAGUAAAUCAAUUAUUUUACAGAUUGACAGCAAAAAUCAACAGGUUUCUGCGAGUGCUCUUCGGCAUUCUCUACAGGAAAGGCUUAGCAAGGUUUCCUCCGGCAGGAGUCGUGAUGAAAUAUAUCUGAAACUUCGUACCAGUACAGCUCCUCCAUUGAAAUUGAUUGACUUGCCUGGGGUGGACCAAAGAAUCGUAGAUGACUCGAUGAUCAGUGAAUAUGUUCAGCACAAUGAUGCUAUUCUGCUAGUUGUAAUACCUGCUAUUCAGGCUCCAGAAAUUUCUUCCUCUAGAGCCCUCAGAAUUGCAAAGGAAUAUGAUGCAGAGAGUACCAGAACAGUUGGCAUUAUUAGUAAAAUUGAUCAAGCAGCUACAGAUUCAAAAGCUAUUGCUGCUGUUCAAGCUCUUCUUUUGAAUCAGGGACCACCAAAAACAUCUGACAUUCCAUGGGUUGCAUUGAUCGGUCAAUCUGUUUCCAUAGCUUCAGUGCAAUCUGGAAGUGCUUCAUCUGAGAGCUCUUUGGAAACUGCAUGGCGAGCUGAAAGUGAAAGUCUAAAAUCUAUAUUGACUGGAGCCCCUCAAAGCAAGCUUGGGAGAGUUGCUCUGGUGGAUGUCCUUGCUGGUCAGAUUCGUAGUCGCAUGAGACUCAGGGUUCCCAGUCUCCUUUCUGGGCUUCAGGGGAAAUCUCAAAUAGUUCAAGAUGAAAUGGUGAGGCUUGGCGAGCAAAUGGUUAGUAGCUCUGAAGGUACAAGAGCUUUAGCUUUGGAGCUCUGCCGUGAGUUUGAAGACAAAUUUCUCCUGCAUCUUAUUGGUGGUGAAGUGAGUAGUUUCUUUUUGAAGCAUCUUAUGCAUCAUUUUUAUUAUAACUGGAAGAGAGACUAGUGACAGCACACUACA